CCCUGCUACACCAUCUGCAGGUCAACCUCUUCUCCUCUUUUUCCUGUUUAUCCCGCCUCGCCGUCCGCCCAUUGGCUCUGCGCUUCCCUCUCUCUUCUCGUAUGCACCAUGAUGUAUGUCUUCUCACCAUCGACCAGCCUCCUUCUUAUUUUUUUGGCCCUUGGUUUUUGAACAUGGGCAUGUUAGAUAGGUGGGGGAUGCCCUGACGUCGUUUUCUUUCCAAUAGCCCACACCUCUCUAGUGCAAGGGGAGGAAUCCCUUUCGAGCAUGGCGCAUAAAACCUCUAAGAUUGAGAGACACAUCUGAACGCACCUGUCGUGCAUCACCCUCGCAUUUUCCCUGUGAAGAUGGUCCACUUGAACAUUGCUAGCACCCAUGUACAUUUUUCUAGUCAUGUUCUCGGCGCGGAAAUCAUCAUGUGCCGUCCUUGUCUCUGACCCUUUGCUCACCGCCCGCUUACACGUGCUCGCGAGCUUUGCUCACAUGACUGAGUCCCUAGAUUCACGUGACAUUUCGCCUUUGCUCGCCCAAUUGGGACGUUCCUCUUGGCACGCAUUCGCAUUCCCUGAUCGGGGUUAGCGUCUGCAACACCAUCUUCAAAAACAGGCACCCACGAAACUGCUUUUGCAAUCAUACGGGGUUCAUUUCUGCGGCUGAGCAGUCUGACUUGUUCGCUUUGAUGGCAAUUCGGUGGUAUUCUUUGAACUUGGCCGAUCAAUCAGGAGAUGAUUCCGAGUUUUUCCGUGCUUGAAUACGAGAGGAAAGUAGACAUCAAUGGAUGAUGGAGAUAAAUAUAAAUACCUGUUCCUGACGGUUUCCACUGCUAACACAAGAACUUCACUUCACUUCACUCCGACUCUUAUUAUCAAACGUUUUGUUCAAGUGCUGGGCCUUCACACUCCUACCCUUCAUACAAUCCUUUACUUCAACGACAGCGGCACACACCUCGACACAAGUCCACCACAAAACCCACAGUUCCAAUCCUUUCCAACCAAAAGCCCCAAGAAGAAUCCACUAAUCUCAUCCCUCGAGUCCCUCGAAACCAAAAAAAAAGGAGGGAAAACAAAUAAAACAUCAUUACCGCAAACCCCGCAAAAAAACAAUGCCCAGCUUCAAACCACCCACCACAACACUCUCCCCCCUCGCUCUACGCCACCACAUCCUCCGCCCACCCCCAUCCAUACUCGGAAGAACAACACCACCAACACCAACAAAAGGCCCAUUCUUUAAACAACCCCCCCGCACCCCCUCCAAACGCAGCUACACCACCACCCCAUCCCCGCCCCACCCACCAAAAAACGACCCCUCCGCUGCACCCUCGCUAUCCAUCCUCCCGCAAGUCCUGGCCCUCCCGCGUCCGCUGCGUUAUACCAUCUUCUCCGCCUUCUUCCUCGCCGCCCUCGCCGAAUCUACUUUCUGGGUUAAUCUGAUGUAUUACAAGUUCUUUGC